AUGGGGCCGGAGCCGCUGGCGCUAGUGCUGGUGCUGGUGCUGCCACUGGCACUGGUGGUGGGCUCCCAGCCACAAGACCUUCUCCCCAGAGAAUCCCACAAUCUCAACUGGAACAAGUUUUCAGGCUUCUGGUACAUCCUUGCCAUGGCUUCUAAUGCCCAGGGAUUCCUGCCGGACAGAGACAAGAGGAAGCUGGGAGCAUCUGUUGUGAGGGUGCACAGAACUGGCCAGCUGAGGGUGGCCCUUACCUUCAACAGGUCUCAGGGGUGCCAGUCAUACGUGAUAACUCUGAAGAAGGAUAGGAAGAAGGCUGUGUUCAGAAACACCUUGCGAGGUGUGCAGGGAUUCCGCGUGCUGGCCAGUGACUACAGCUACGGUGUGGUCUACCUGCGCCUGGGCCGGAUCCGUCCUGCCACCAAGCACCUGCUUCUCUUCAGUAGGCAGAACACAACCAGUUUCCUGACUUUGAAAAAGUUCAUAGACAUCUGCCAGGCUCUGGAACUUGAAAGUGGGGUCACUGUGCUCCCGAAAGAUGCCUCCUGUGCACAUACUAUCCUGCCCUGA